CGCCGCCGCCGCCGCCGCGCAGGUGCUCGCUGACUGCCGCCCGGGCCCAGGCAUCGCUGCGGGGCUGCUACUGGCCCUCGCUGGCGAUGAUGGACGGCUCAGCAGGUACCUCCGAGGUGCUGGGGUGCUCAGAUGCUGGGUCACAGAAAGACCGAGUAGUGACCGCGGAGGAAUGGCGGCAGAAAUGGGCGACGGGUAACACUGGGUUUCACAAGGAGCAAGUUCAUCCGCUCCUCCAGAAGUACCUGGAUGUUCUUUUAAAUGGCAGGAGUGGACUGAGGAUAUUUUUCCCACUUUGUGGUAAAGCAGUAGAGAUGAAAUGGCUGGCAGACAUGGGACACAAUGUUGUUGGUGUGGAAGUCAGUGAGCAAGCCCUGAAGGAGUUUUUUACAGAACAGAGUCUGCCUUAUUGUGAGGAACCAGUUCCAGAGAUUUCAGGAGCAAAAAAGUUUCAGAGUGCCUCUGGGAACAUUUCUCUGUACUGCUGCAGUAUUUAUGAUUUGUCCAGCUCAAUAGUUGGCAAGUUUGAUGGGGUUUGGGACAGAGGAGCUCUAGUAGCUGUGAAUCCACGUGACAGACAACGCUAUGUCAGUUUGAUGAUUACCCUACUGGAGAAAAAUUCUUCUUACCUCCUCGUUACAGUUGCCUAUGAUCCAAACAAACACAAAGGCCCACCAUUUUAUGUUCCUGAAUCUGAAAUUAAAACCUUGUUUGCUUGCAGAGAACCGUGCAGUGAGUUAUUAGAGUGGAUGGUUGCAUCCCACAGCAAAAGAGACAGAUACAUUUUCUCCAGUGCAUUUGUGUCACUGUGAGGAAAGCUGUGAAUAACAUUCGUUGUUGUUUUGGUUUUUUUUCUGACAGUUUGCAUUUUUCACAACAUAAUCAUUGGUUAUUCUUUCUUCUU